AUGGUGGGAUACAUGGAAGAUGCCCGAAGAUUUCAAAACACUUUCCCUUGAUCUUCUCCUUCUGAUUUCCUCUGGGAAAAAAUGUGUGGGCUCUUCUUUGUCCUGGUGACAUGCACAUUGGGUGCCUCCGCUUUCAGACUCCACCAGAUCAAAAGUACAGAAAACUGCCCACAUCACACCGUGUAUUUCAAACAUUACUAUGAACUGCAUGGAGAACCUGUGGUUCUGAAAUGCCCUUCCCCCAGAUACAAACAUUUGGAUUUUUCUGCCUUGACCCCUAAUAUCACAUGGUAUAAAAAUGGUUCAAAAACCAUGAUAUCAGGAAGAGAUGAAGAUCCAAGAAUCUGGGCAAAAGGAGAUGCACUCUGGUUUUUACCAGCAAUGCUAGAAGACUCAGGAGUAUAUAUCUGCACCAGAAGAAACUCCUCCUACUGUGCUGAGGUCUCCAUCCACCUCACAGUCAUGGAGAAAACAGCUGCUCAGGAGAUUGCCUAUCUCCAGGUCCUCUUCACUUUCACCUCCGGAAAGAUCGUUUGCCCUGAGCUAUGGGAUUUUACACCAAAUGGCACAAGCCUGGAGCUCAAGUGGUACAAGGAUGCUCUGCCUUUGGAAGCUGACAGUGGAAAAUUCGUAAUUCUGAAAGGUUCGACUUCUCUGAUCAUGAAUUCUGUGCUACCAACAGACUCUGGCUAUUACACCUGCAAGAUGUCAUUUCCAUUUGAAGGUGUAAUGUAUGAGAUCACAAGAACAAUUCACCUGAAGACUGUUGAAAAAGAAAAGAGAAUUACUCCUAUAAUUGUGUAUCCAACACAAAAAACAACAUCAGCUGCUCUGGGUUCCAAGAUGACUCUCCCAUGCAAAGCGUUUGUUGGACUGAGCAGCCACUUCCAUACCGAUGUGGAAUGGCUAGCAAAUGACACCACCAUUGAUGUGAUUUACAACAAAAGCAGAGUUACAGAGGGAGAACGACAAGAGAUGGUAGAAAAUGGUGAAAACUUCAUUGAAGUCCCCCUGAUUUUUGAUUCUGUCGAAGAAGAGGAUUUUUACACAGACUUUACAUGUCUGGCCCAGAACGGAUAUGGAUACCAAGUACUGCCAACAAGGGUCAAGCAAGAAGCUGUUGGCUUUUCCUGGUACAUUGCAAUGAUUCCCAUCACAUUGGCCUGCAUGAUCGUGGUGGGGAUAUGCAUACACAAGUGGUGGAAGUGGAGAGACGAUAAAGGAUACACAACAACAAAGAUUUAA